AUGAAUUGUGAAAACAGUACAUACAGGAGGACUGAUUCUCAGUUUAAACUACAUGUAUUAUGGGCUCCUCCAGAGGUUCGUAGCGGGACAUACUGUCGGCAGUCAGACAUCUGGAGUUUCGGCGUUGUGUGCUUAGAGGUCUUCUUGGAUGGAGGAACCCCAAGGUUAACCAAACCAUCCCAACCCUCCCCAGGCUCCGAUCCACAGGAGGAGCAUUGGGCACGCCUCGCUCAGAACGAGAGAUUCCCGAAACCUUUGACCUGCCCCGAUGAGGUUUACGAGAUCAUGAAGCUGUGCUGGCAGAGUGAUCCACAAAAGAGAAUAUCAUUCAGAGAAAUUGUUAAGAAAUUGACUAGGAUCAGGGCUUCUCAAUAGGUCACCACCAGAGAAACUGAUGUGACCCUAUUUUGGAGAUAUCCCUGAAAUGAACAGGGUUUUGCCUGGGACCAAUAACAAACUCCAGGUUUAGCUUAUCUCAGCUCAAACAUCCAUAAUGCUCUUUCUAUGGAGAUAUACCUGUGAAAUUAAUAGUUGUUAUCAUUCAGUUCUAUGUGUGUGAUUUCAUUGUAUAACAUCAUAUUAAGAAAACGUGGAAAUUGGUCUAGUAUCUUGCCAUACUCAAUUUUAUCUGAACAAACUUUCAAGCAGGCUAUGAUAGAUAUUUGUUAAUAUUUUUGGAGGUUUUCUUUAAUUGAAUAUAACAUAUUGUUAUGAAUUCGUAUUUUUAUAUUUCUUGAUUAAAGCUGUGUUUUUGUUGUAAAUGUGAAUACCUGAACAAACUCAUGUUUCCAGACAACACCACAUAUUUUCAUUGUGAUGAAAUACUGUUAAGUGCUACAAUACUAAUCAUUGGAAAGCCCUGUGAUAUUGUCUAAGAUAUGUGAUGCUAUUUAAUUGUUUGUUAAAGGGACAUAUUUCUUUACAGAUACUUAGAAAUGCCAAGUUGACAGUUAACCCUUUGCAUGCUGGGUAAAUUGUCGUCUGCUCUAAAAUGUCGUCUGGUUUAUUCUAAAUUUCUUUCAAUUUACUUAAAACUUUGGGGAUAUAUUGACUGAGUGGCAAACAGCUUGGAAAAUCGCCAUCAGCAGCCUAAGGGUUAAUAAGCCAGUAGCUAACGUUUGUUAUCUAGGCAAUAUUGCUAUUCCUUAUGUUGUUAGACAGAGUUCUAUUUUUUGUAUUACAUGUAUAUCAGUUAUUUGUUUGUUUUGUGAUUGAAUACAGGACAUUGUUUACAUGUAUUUUGCACAGCAGUUCGAUGGGAAUGAACUCCUGCUUUGGUGUUAAAUGACCUGUAAUUUUUUAAUAACAUUUGACCUAAAUAAAAAAAAUCAUAGUAGAUUUAUCAAAAUGGUCGUUUCUACCCACGCUCUAGCAUAACAUAACUUUGAAUUACUGCAGUUUAAGGUAUUUCGAGAUCACUUAUAUUGUUAAAAUUCAGUCAUUAUUAGAUAUUUUCUGCUAGAUUGUUGGUAGGAAUGAACACUUUGAAAGAUAUGGAAAAAUUUUUUUUAGGUUAAAUGUCACUAAAAAUAUGACACCAAAGCAGGAAUUUCAUUCCCUUUAAACUACUGUGGUAUUUUGUUAUUGUUUGUGUUUACGUAUGAAGUGCUUUUAAUGCAAUGACUCCGAAAGAUUUUGUCCUGAUGAGGAAAUUCAACAUCUCAGCCUCAGAAAACCUAUUUGAUUUUGUCAAAAUUUGGCGAUACAAAACAUGAAAAUAUAUAAAUGAGCCCAGUGAUAAUUUUUUAACCUGAUAAUGAUACCGAAAGAUUACAGAACAAUGUUUUCCUAAAAAACAGAUGUAUUAGUUGUGGGAUUGGUUGGCAUGUUAUACGCAAUAUCUCAACUCUCAUGGGUUUUAAGUCACUUUCUUAGCUAAUUACUGAAAUUCUACUAAAGUGCCAUGUCAGUAUCUUCUUUAUAAAGACUUGCACUUCGAUAAGCUUUGUGAGGAAAAUAGCUGUUCAUUGAGGACAUGAACAUAUAGUCAAUAUAUUGGCAUUACUAGCUCUAACAAUUACUAAUAUACGUGCAUGUAGGGGUUGGCGUUUUAUACAUGCACGUACAUGUAAGCAUAGGCGCUAUAUACAUGUCAAGUUGUACAUGUAGGCAUUGGUGUUAUACGCAAAUACUAGCAGUUUGUUUCAGACUUGAAGUUAUUAUUAGUUUAAACUUUCGUUGCAUUUGCUUGUUGUAUAAUGUUUUGUUAUAGUGUGAUAAAAUCAACAAUUGUUAUUGAAUAAAAGAUGGUGUGUGAUUAUAAA